AUGGGCGACGUCGUGAAGCUGUUCCCCCCGAACGUCCACCCGCAAGCCUAUUACACCUACAUCGCCCAAAAAUACAACCUCUGCGGCCUCUACUACAUGGAUCUGUGGCCCUUGGGUCCCGCCCAGCUUAUCCUCGUCAGCCCGGAGACCGCUCACCAAGUCACGGUGCUCAAAAGCCUACCGAAGCACAAGAUGGAAUCUGAGUUCCUCGGCCCGCUCAUCAAGGAAAAUAACAUCGCGACAUCGAACAACCCGCUUUGGAAGCAUCUACACAACAUGCUGGCGCCGACAUUCGCCCCGGCACAUAUCAAGAACCAAGUGAGCGUGAUGGUCGAGGAAUUCCUGCAUUUCCGAGACACUCUGGGGAGGUUGGCGGAUAGCGGCGAAGUAUUCCGGUUGGAGGAUCACACGGCGGCGGCGGUUUUCGAUAUCAUUGGUCGCAUUACGUUCAAUGAGCGAUUGCACGCGCAGGCAGGCGGGUCGGAGUACUUGCGGAAUUUGAGAGUCAUGAUGGCGAACUUCAUCGCGACCAAUCAAACGUGGAAUCCAGUUAAAAAGUUCACGGCGAAACGGGCUUUGCGUAACGUGAGGCGAAAAGUCGAUCAGAGCCUUGGGCGGACGGUGAAAGAGAGACAUAGGUUACUACGGGACUCCAAAGUCGUACCAACAAAGAAAGACCCAUACAGCAUCCUGGAUCUCUUCUUAAGAGACAAGCUGAAAGAAUGUCAAGAGAAAGGAUUGCCCGAUUCGGUGGAGUUAGACCCGGAAUUUGUAGAUCUUGCCGUGCAAAAUCUCAAGGCUCUUCUCAUUGGCGGUCAAGGAACCACCACCAGUACUAUUUGCUGGGCAUAUAUGCUACUCUCGUGCUACCCCGACGUCGCUCAGAAACUACGCGACGAGCAUGCUCGCGUCUUCGAUCCGAGUACGGACCGCACAGUCGAAAUACUCCGUCAUGAACCAUAUAAGACCAACAAGCUCGAAUACACGACAGCUGUUCUCAGAGAGACGUUGCGUCUCUACCCCGUCGGAUUCGGAAUCCGCGUCGGCAACGAGGACAGCACUGUGCAGUGGGAAGGUCGACACUACCCGACGGCGAACCUAAUGAUCGCGCCUGUGCAACAUAGCAUGCACUACGAUCCCACUAUCUAUCACAAUCCCGCCGAGUUCAAUCCGGAGCGAUUCGUCGAUCCCGAUCACGCUACUCAAUUCGGGUGGAGGCCGUUUGAACGAGGUCCGCGCAAGUGUGCGGGGCAAGAACUCGCCUUGGAGGAGAUGCGGAUUGCGCUGUUGCUGACGGUCCGCGACUUUGACUUCGAGGCCGUCGAUGUACAGCCGAAUUCUACCCAGCGAGUCCCGUUUACGGACUUUGACUUGAAGAUUGGAGAUAUGGCGUUUCAGGAAUUGGGGAUGGAUGCAAAGCCUCGAGGUGGGAUGAAGAUGAGAGUUCGUAGAAGGGCUCGUUAA